GCUGAAGUUGAGGAUUUGAUAUUGCUUUAGUGAGCUACCUGGAGAGAAUCUAUCGUCUCCACUCAGAGGGUACUCUUCCUUAUAUAAACCUUUAUUGUAUUAAGUGGUUCCUUAUCAAUAGGGAAACUUGGAUGAUAACGCUGUGGGUUGGUUUUAACUGUUUUGAAGUGAUUUAAAAAUUAAGGCACUCUUGAUUUAACCCCCCAAAUUCGGUGUCUUUUGUCAGAUAUCAAAAUGUCUGUAAUUCUAAUGUCUUGUAAGAAGAACCUUGCUAAUCGGGAUAUGUCUAAGAAGAAAAAAAUUAUCAGGAAGGCCGGAAAGCUUGCACAAGAUGGCAUCGCUAAGCUGACAACAGGUUGGGAAAUAGAAAUCGACGGCAAGGAAUAUAAGAUUUCAUUUUCCCGCGAUAACCUGCAUGUUUGGAUAGAUGGUGAGCCAGUGGAAACUACAGCAUAUAUAUCGGACAAGGGUUAUGAUGUGGACAUGUUUUUCGAUAUCGAGGGCCAUAGUGGGCAUAUUUUCAGUGAUGUGGACAACGACAGAGACGAAAUGGUCAACUCUCUCAACAUCAACGACAAUUGUGUGGCCAAGUGUUACCAAAAGGCUCAUUAAAAGUCCUUAAUAAUGAGGAAGUGAACAAGCGCAAUCCAUUAUGGUUUCUUCCCGCAUAGACUUAUUUUACAUAUAAUUUCGUAGAGAGUCAUUGAAAGUUUUUCUGGAAUUAUGUUGUCAACUUUAGAAUAUUUCAAAUAAACAAUUUUUCAUCACAUUUUAUCUAAUAUUUAUUGUAAAAGUAUGCACAUCAAGCAUAAUCCAUAAGAGAAAAGUCCUGAAAGGGUAAAAAGAAUGAAAUGUUUAAAUGUAGCAGUCAGAAUUAAUAUUUUGAAUUAUACUUUUUCUUUGUAAUUUACAUGUUGAUACAUAAUGUGAUACAAGGUCCCUCAUUAUCACAUUACGUUCACUAUGUAUUCGGUUGUUAAAGUGUACGCAAUUACUUAAGGUCAGACGAUACGUUCCUCAUAUCUGUUUUGCAAAUCUUCGUAAUGUAGGAAAAAAUAUUCAAAAUUUUAAUUACCUUCUGAUUUCUUAGCAGGUUUCUUAUCAUCUUAAAAUAAUUGAAACACUAAAAGUGUGAUAUUGACAAAUAAAGUUUUUCCCAAAAGGAUUAUAUAGGAAAACAUCAUCCUCUGGUAUCUUGCACAAAUGCCUGGUAAGGUACCUCAUUUUUUGUGAGUAAACAUGUCAAAGUAGCAAUACUUCAAUGACAAAAUCUUGGAAAAAAUUAUAUAUUAUUGAGGAACGUAUCGUCUGUCCUUAAGAAAACCACUUACAAAAUUUUAAAGGUAGCUGAAAUCUUGGCUUUAUCCAUCUUCUUCUCAUCUGUGUACAUAAUUUUAUGAAUGCUCGACAAAUAUAUUUAAACAAAGCUAAUAUUCUUUACAAAUAUUUUUCUACAUUCAGCCGCCCUGGAAUAAAAAGUUUCAACAUCAUUUGUUACACCUUAAAAAUAUAUUUCACAUUAAUUAUCGUCAUUUUCUUACCGAGUUCGAGUGCAACUCCUCUUUAAAAAGGUUCAUGGUUUAAUCCUUGAAAUAUUUCCUUUACCUGUGCGUUUUUAACUUUGAUGGCUCAUUGAAUUUAGAAAGAUAUGAUAUACUGUUUUUUAAUUAUCAGAACUGUAAAGUGCUGAAUAAAAUAAGAAACCUCCCA